AUCAGGGUGUCCUUCAAAUGACAGAGUGGCAGGAUCUCAAAAAACAAUUGCAAAAAUCAUUCAAUACAUCCAAAAAUAUAUCUGUGUUUGUGAAUCUUUCACAGAGAGACAAAGUAAUAGUGACUGGAUUCAGAGAUCCAGUGAUGGAGGUCAGUGAGAGCUUAGGAAGUUUCAUUCUAGAACACACUAAAAUUGAAGAAACGGUUUGUGUAAAAUCACAUGCAGCAGCUGAAUUCAUAAAAGACAGAAAAUCACAAGACUGGCAGCAUUUAAUGAAGUCUGUUGAGGUGAAAAUGAAUUUUGAUUCAAAGAGACCCUGGAUCAAACUGUCUGGAGAGCGAGGAUUUGUCCGGCCAGCUAUGACUUUCUUUAAAGGGUUGGCAGAUUCUCUCCACACGGACACACACAUCAUUAAAAAGGCAGGAGCAAAGAAGUACUUCAAGGAACAGGGUAAAAUGAUGCUCUCAAUGCUGUUGAAGGAAAAAAGAUUUGUGGUGGUGCUCCAGGAAGAUGACAUGCUGGAACAGGAAGAGGAUGUUUUUUUCCCAGGGCACCUUGGCAGAGUCUCCACUUCUUUUCUUGGUAUGGACUCUAUGCAAGUAUAUGGUCAAAAUCAAAGAGAAAAAGUAGUGGUCAGUAAAUUUAAAGACGUUUUUGGGGGGAGAAAUUCAGAAUCUCCCAGAAAUGAAGAGUUUGAGAUCGUGGGUGAGGAAAUUGAGCCAGCUGUGUUCCAACUGUGUGGAGAGACACCAGAGGACCUAAGGGAAGCCAAGGAUAUGAUCCACAGCUUCAUAGUAUGCUUAUGAGCAUCUCAAUCCGUGAUCCAGCCAUUGCUUAUUUCACCAAGGAGGAUGUAGAAAUGCUGAUAGGCAUGCAGAGGGAGUUCACAGUCAGUGUCCAACUUGAGAGGAAAAACCAAGACUCUGUCAUCACAUUGGAAGGCCUGACAAGAGACGUUCACAGUGCAGAGAGACGUAUUCAGGACAUGAUCCGCAAGGUGGAAAGAAAUGAAAACCAAAGAUGCCACCUCAAAAACUUUGAUAUGUUGACAAAUUAUGAGCCUGAACAGGCCUAUCAGAAGAGACAGCCUUCAGGUAGAAUCAGUAUUAAUAAAGGAGGACAUGUGAACUUUUUGCCAAUGAAAACAGCCAUAAAAGGGAGCGUGAGACCGAACAGAGUAGAUUUGCAAGAUGCAGCUCAAAGUUCUUUGCCUUCACACUGGGAGGACAUGAAAGGAAAGCCAGUUGUUCUAAAACUCAGAGUAGGCUCAAAGGAAUAUGCAGAAGUGGAGAAAGAGUUUAGAAGAACCAGUCUAACUUCUAACAUCAUUGAAAUUGAAAGAGUUCAGAACAGAGCACUUUGGAAAAACUACAUGAUCAAAAAGGAGGAACUGGAAGACAAAAACAAGCACAAAAACAAUGAAAAGCGUCUCUUCCACGGAACUGGCCCUGAUAACACAGAUCAGAUCAACCAUCACGGCUUCAAUCGCAGCUUUGCUGGGAUACAUGGAGCCAUGUAUGGAAAUGGGACAUAUUUUGCUGUGGACCCGAGUUACGCAGCUCGAGGCUACUCUAAAUCUGAUAUCAACGGACAUAAAUACAUUUAUCUCGCCAGGGUGCUUGUCGGUGAUUUCACUCAAGGAAAACAAGGCUUUCCUGUUCCCCCUCCAAAGAGCUUCAAUAGUGCUGAUCUCUAUAACAGUGUGACUGACAACAUCAACAACCCAUCAAUGUUUGUGAUUUUCAAUGAUGUACAGGCUUACCCAGAAUACUUAAUCACCUUCAAGUAAAGAUUAUGUAAUAUCAGUUUCUGUCAGCUAGUGUUUUUGCUGCUGUUUUAUGUUGAUUUGGUGAAUCUGAACACAGAGAUAAGUGUAAUAUUUAUGUCUAUCAUAAUGCUCAUAAAUCAUAAAAACUGAGUGAACAGUAAUUUAAUCCUGAGAAAGUCUUUGUAUAAACCCUAAUACUUUUAGACUGUCCGCCCUUUUUAGCUACUGAUUUUUAAAAGGAAGCUGUCUUAACUCUGAGAUGGUGAAUGGGAACAUGGUUUGGAUAACAUUAGUAACACAUUAUUAGCUGUUUGAUAACAGUCAACCCAAAGGCUAAUCACAUCAAUUACUGUUAUGUGUCUCAACACUGUAGAGAACGAUACAUAAAACGCAUUACGAUUCUGAUACAUCGACUUGUAGAUGACCCUAUAUAAUUCACUCUUCCUCUUCUUCUGAAUCGGUUUCUGGUUCAAAAAUAUAUGGCUGAAUUAAACCAGUAUUUCCACUUGCCAUUGUGCAGCAUUUACUUCAGUAAAGUUUACCAAGUGGAUCAGGUAUUCUGAGCUGGUGUGAUUGAGUGGAGGCGGGGACUAGUUUGUAUAUUUAUGGAUCCGCGUAUACUAAAUGAAGCAAGGGUGUAGAGUUACUAGUGCCAGUGUUCUGAAAUAUUUGGUGUCUGAGAUUUUCGGUGACACUGGGCGGAGCUUACAUAAAUAUUCACGAGUUUCCCGUUUCGUGUUAAAGCACCACUGAAAAUAGUAGUGCAUGGCACGCUGCUCGGAUCACAGAAUCUGUUUUCGGUAACGUAAUUGCAUGUCAGUGUUAGGAUGGCUUGAGGGUGAGUAAAUCAUGGGAUAAUUUUCAUUUCUUUAAAGAAAUGUUUGUUCCGAUUACCCCACAACAAAAAUCACGAAUGUCCUACUUUUUAUCAGUAAUGAUGUCAUCAGGAAAGAGUUGCAAAGACUUGGAUUAAUAGCAAGCCCAGUGAGAAUGAUUCCUUAAGGCUGUUAAAGAUGCGGUUGAUUAUGAUUUCUCUUUUUAAACUUUAGUUAGUGUUCUUUAUGUGUGAGCUACUCAACGAUGCAUCAAAGAGGUUUGCUGAUGCCUCUGCGACGCCUCACCGAUGCCAGAGACCAAAUAUCUAGCAUGAUAAAUAUCUGGAGCUGUCGGCCGACUCGACAUCCUGUGGUGUCAAGUGUUACGGCGAGCUACAGCCAAUAGCUGUUUCCGUCACCCUGUUUUUAUGCACAUUUUGAAGUAUCUCAACAGAAACGUGAUGUAAACACUCAUUUUCAAAAAUAAUAAUCCCCUAAUUCACAAAAAAGAUUUUACGCUCACUUGAGGUGGUUUUUGACUUUGACUGCGAAAAAGAGUUAAUGCGAGUAAUGGGAGGUGGAAAUGCAUUUGCCAAAUAAAUUCUGAGCGAACCCACGUGACUAAUCAGCUGUUUGUACUGAUGUUGUCUUUCCAACAACAACAGGUGUGCCUGGACAGAUGAGAAAACCAAAAUAUUCCUCUGUCUUAUCUUUGAAAAACAAAAAACAAAACAAAAAAACAGUGGUCCACCUCUAACAGCCCCCACCAGUCUACCCCUCACAAAACCAUCCAACCCCCUAAAACCAAAAUUCAACUACCCCUGCUGGCACACAUGAUACCAACGUGUAAUUCACAUCAUACUUAAACCUGUAGUAGGGAAUAGGCAACAAAAAGUAUGUGUUCCUUUUUCAAUCAUUUUGUAACACACUAGUGCCUCAUU